AUGAAGGUUCAAGAAUAUAUUCUUCUAAUUUUUGCCGCUAUUUCAUUUUGGGCGGAGGCAAUUGCUCCAAGGGUUUCCCAAGGAUUUCCCUACGAGUCUCUCGACUGGCCGACAAUGCCCGACAUUUCUGGAUCGUCGCCCACAGGAUACGACAAAUCGUCGUCCUCCGGAUACGACAAAUCGUCGGAGGAGGAUAACUGCAAUGAGGACUCGUGCGGCAACAUUUACAAAUUCACCGCAAGAAAACCCAACGGACAAAACGUUUGUUUGCAACAAUACGUUGGAAAAGUGUUGAUCAUUGUGAAUUACGCUUCAGCAUGUGGUUUCACAUACAACAACGUACGCACUCUAUCGGACUUUGCUGAAAGGUACAGGAAAUGUGGCUUGGAGAUACUGGUAUUUCCCAGCAACGACUUCUUACAGAACAUCGGUGGGGAUAUCGCAGCCGAAGAGUUCGCAAAUAAUCAUCCUGAAUUUGAAGUAUUUUCGGAAAUUUGUGUAAAUGGCAGAUCACAACAUCCUUUGUACAGAUUUCUCAAGAAUAAGUUACCGGGUGCUUGUAACGCAAAACCUAUUAAAUGGAAUUUUACCAAAUUCGUAGUAGACAGGAACGGAUGUCCCGUUCAACGAUAUGCGGCCACAGACAGUUUUAAGGACAUAGAAGAUUUAGUACAAGAACUGUUAAAGGACCAACGUUGCUAA